UUCCGAUCUGGCACUGUUUAGAAACAUUUAAUUCCAAAGCACUUGGCAUCCCUCGCGAAUGUAUUAAAUUUGAACGGGCGGGCAUCUCAGUUGAGCAAUUUUCUUUGCAAAAUAUACUGCGAUCUUGUAAUAUUUGCACCGGAUUUGUGUUAUUAUGAUUGGUAGUUGCUUUAAUCAAUAUGUCCUCCCAAAUGCAACAAAUUGCAACAUUGUGUGCUGAGCUCCGUUCUGAUAAGCCUCCAACACGAAACAAGGCGGCCGAGCGUUUGGAGACUAUACUGGUGAGUUCCAAGGACGAGCUGAUUCAGCGGGCUCGUGGUAAACAUACAGAAGAUAUAACUUGGAAUGAGGUAUUCUCUAGUGUUGUUGAUGCGGUGCUUAAGCAUGCAGCCAAAGUCGUGGAGUUGAAGGAUCAAAAGAGUAUACAAGCCCUGCUAAAUAAAAAUCACGUUUACCGUUCAGUUAUAAAUAAAUUAAUCGAUUACAAUUUGGAAAAUUCAAAUAACAUCUUGACGAAGUCUGCAAUUUACCAUGCAUUUUGUAAUGGCUUUGGCACAACAAGCGCUGUGAAAAUUUUUGGUAGCUUGUUUAUUCAGAUUCUUGAACGAGGAAUUUAUAAAUGCCCUUUAUACGUUCGUGAAUUAAAAGUGGAUGAAUAUAGUAAUAUACUUUCGAACUUGUUUGAGUUAACUAUUCCGGGUGAUGAGAUUUUGCAGUUUGAGAUUUUGAGCUGCAUUGUUAAAACUAUUGAACUGGCUGUUCAGUAUGUUCAUAUUCAAGACGAAAUUAUAGACUAUUUGCCGGAAAUUUUGCCCUUUGCAAGAAGAGCAAAUGAUGACCGGAAGAAAACGGAUGUUAUAAAACUGUACUAUUUUUUCAUAUCCCAGCUAUCCAUUGAUUACCAUCAUACAGUGUGUGAAUCGUUGCAAGAUAUUGUACCAGUUUUGUGUGAUGUUUAUAAUCUAAAACUGAAAGCAGAAGUAAAAGAAAUAUAUUAUCUUUCAAUGUACUCCUCUAUACAUGCCAUAUAUCCGCAUAUUAAUACUGGCAAUUUUAAAACAAUGCAAAUUUCAUUAAAAGAAAGUUGGCCAAAAACUUUAAACAAACUGAAGUCAAUAAUAGAUUUGGAAAUCCGAGAACGCAAAAUGGGAUUACAACGUCCAAAUCAACCUGGCCUGGAAAAUUGUAUGGAUCACUUCGUUGAAAUGGCUAGUGUUGUUGUAUAUGUGUUAUUUUGGCACAUUGAUGAUAAAACCGAUAUACCAACGAACGAACCGGUAAGCAAAAUCGCAAAAGUUUCCGAUAGAUUGGAUACAGUAUUACGGCUUGUUCAGCAUGAUAAAACAUUUAAUGAAAUUUGUUCAGCGAUGGGCAGAUUUUUGGCUCUUAAAGCAGUCAAAGAGCCAGCAAGUGCUACGCAAGAGGUAAAGCAGUUUUCAGGGUGAAGAGGGAGUUAAAAAUACAUUACAAUCAUCAUACAUCCCCACUUUCAUGAUCUUCAUCGCACAGAAGCUGCGGAAA